UUCUGAUGGAAACAUGGCUGCUUCCAGCAUUAAUGGUAUCUUAGUAGAUGGAGACAUCCUGAUAGGGGCCGUGAUUCCCCUUCAUGUUGAUAAAUAUUACCCAGAGAUUACCUUCCAGAAGAAGCCCCCUCCAGAUAAUUGCACAAGAUUUCUUUUAGAGCAAUACCAACAAUUCCAGGCCUUGAGAUUCACCGUGGAGGAAAUCAACAGAAACCCAGACCUUCUCCCCAAUGUAACUCUAGGUUUUUAUGCCUAUGACUCCUGCGCAGUGUUGCAUGGGGAGGUUGUGGGAACCUUCUGGAUGUUGACGGGUAACAAUCAGGCUAUACCCAAUUACUGCUGCCGUGACUAUCCACCUGUUGCUGCAGUCAUCGGCCACUCAGCUUCUACAUACUCCAUACUGAUGGCUCAUCUACUGGGACUGUACCGAUAUCCACAAGUCAGUUAUUUCUCAACAAGUCCUCUAUUGAGUGAUAGAACACAGUUCCCUUCCUUCUUCAGAACUGUACCAAGUGACAAAUUCCAGUCUGUUGGUCUGUCACAACUAGUGUUACGUUACCAGUGGACCUGGAUUGGGCUCAUAGCUGCUGACAAUGAUUAUGGUCAUCAAGGUGUCCAGGUUAUCAAACAAGAAAUUAUGAACGCUGGAGCAUGUGUGGCCUUUACACAAUUUUUCAUGAUUGGUCAAUUCUUUACUGAAUUCAAAAGUAUAGUAAAGGUCAUUAAAGAAUCAACUGCCAAGGUCAUAGUAGCUGUCUCUACGGACAUCUAUAUGAUCCCUAUUCUGGAGGAGAUGCUAAGGCAGAGCGUAACCGGGAAACUCUUUGUUGCCAGUGAAGCAUGGUCUAUCUCAAAUGUUUUAUCAGUGGAGAAAUACUUUUCUAUUCUCACCGGUACUGUGGGUUUUGCGUAUCAUAGCUCGACUAUUCAAGGGUUUCAAGAAUUUGCCAGUAGUAUUCAUCCCUUCAGUACACCUGGGUUAACAUGGGCCAAGAUCUUCUGGGAGGAAGCUUUUGGAUGCAAGUUUCUGAAUGAGAAGAACGUUACAGACUUGUCUAAGUAUUCUGGAUCUUUGUGUACAGGAGAUGAAAGUUUGUUCAGUAUACAGAAUAACUAUAAUGAUGUAUCCAGUCUAAGAGUAUCUUAUAAUGUCUAUGUUGCAGUCCAUGUAAUAGCAAAAGCUCUGCACAACCUAAUGCAAUGCAAAGACUCAACUGGACAACUUUCCAGUGACAAAUGUUCAAAUAUAUCAAAUUUCCAUCCAUGGGAGCUCUUGUACUAUUUUAAGAAAGUACAAGUGGAACUCAGCGACAAAAGAGAAGUGUUUUUUGAUGAGAAUGGAGACCCACCAGCUAUAUAUGACAUAGUGAACUGGCACCAGACUACCGAGGGUGCGAUUAAACAUAUGAAGGUGGGGAGAUAUGACACUGCGGCAUCAUCUGAAGACAUGUUUAGCAUUAACACAAGCUUGGUCAGGUGGCCAACAGGUGGGCAGAAGGUCCCUGUGUCCAUUUGCAGUGAAAGCUGUCCCCCUGGUUUCAGGAAGGUAGCCAGAAGAGGUGAACCAAUGUGUUGUUUUCAAUGCAGCCCAUGUGCCCAAGGUGAAAUCUCCAACCAAACAGAUGCCAUUGACUGCUUGAAAUGUCCCUGGGAUAUGUGGCCCAAUGCCCGAAAGGAUCAAUGCCUCCCAAAAGCCAUUGACUAUCUCUCCUAUGAAGAACCAUUGGGGAUGGCGCUGGCCAUGACCAGCGCCUGUUCCUCUACGAUUCCAUUCUCCAUCUUUAUUCUCUUUAUUCAUUACAAGAAUACCCCAAUUGUCAGAGCCAAUAACUAUGCUUUAAGUUGUAUUCUCUUGAUAUCUUUGUCCCUCUGUUUUCUGAGUUCUUUAGCUUUCAUUGAUUAUCCUCAACCUGAGAAGUGUCUGCUACGACAGGCUGCAUUUGGCAUGGUCUUUACCAUCUGUAUCUCUUGUAUUUUGGCCAAAACCAUCAUGGUAGUUUUUGCUUUUAUGGCCACAAAACCAGGCAGCAGCUUAAAAAAAUGGACCAAGCCUUGGGUGUCUUACACACUUGUUAACAUAUGUUCCUUGCUACAAUUAAUAUUGUGCAUCAUGUGGCUUACUCUUUUCCCUCCUUUUACUCAGUAUAACACCCAAAUACAACCGGGGAUCAUUGUCAUUGAGUGUAAUGAAGGUUCACCCACUGCCUUCUGGUGCAUGUUGGGAUAUCUUGGUCUUCUGGCCACUAUCAGUUUUGUUGUCGCCUUCUUGGCCAGGAGACUUCCUGACAGCUUCAACGAGGCCAAGUUCAUCACCUUCAGCAUGCUGGCCUUCCUCAGUGUCUGGCUGUCCUAUAUCCCGGCUUCUCUCAGCACUCGUGGCAAAUACACAGUGGCCAUGGAAAUAUUUGCCAUCCAGUCCUCCAGCUGGGCCUUAGUGAUCUGUAUGUUUGUCCCCAAAUGUUUCAUUAUAGUUUUCCGACCAGACAUGAACUCAAAGGAACAUCUGAUGGCGAAAAGCAAAACUCUGAAAUAA